UCUCUCGCUCCCUUCCUAAGAAAAAAAAAAGCGAAGAUACAAAUUUUGAUUGACUACCCGUUUUCCGAUCCGCUUUCCUACGCCGGAAUAGAAAUCUGACAAUCUUUUAGAUCAAUUAUUCGUCUAUCGCUCCCCUAGUCCCCUGCCCGUCCUUCCUCGUCUUUUAUCAUGGCGGACGAUGAGGAUUUCCCCUCAUCAAGCGAUGUGGAGGAGCCGGAGGUCGGUGAUUGCUAUCUGAGCGAUCAUGAGGAUGACAUCGCGGAGAACGUGCUCCAGGACCUCGAGGAUGGUCGGCAGGAAGAUUGUAACUGGUCCGUCACAUCGGUUAUUACAAAGGAGUCCCUUUUGGCUGCACAGAAGGAGGACCUGAGAAAGAUAAUGGAGCUAUUAGCUCUAAGUGAACAGCAUGCCCGGACUUUGCUUAUUCAUUAUCGCUGGGAUGUGGAGAGGAUUUUUGAAUUGCUUGAGGAGAAGGGGAAGGAUAGGUUAUUUUCAGAGGCAGGAUUGACUAUGAAUGAGAAUAAAGUCAUCGCCUUGUCAAGUUACUCGGACCCAUUUACAUGUAGUAUCUGCUUUGAGGAUGUUUCCCCAGUAGCAAUUACAGAGAUGGAUUGCGGACACUGUUAUUGCAAUAACUGUUGGACAGGAUAUUUUAUUGUCAAAAUAAAUGAUGGCCAAAGUCGCCGAAUUAGAUGUAUGACUCCGAGGUGUAAUGCAGUUUGUGAUGAAGCUGUUGUAAGGAGUCUAGUUAAUGCAAGGCAUCCGGAUAUCGCAGAUCGGUUUGAGAGAUUUUUACUUGAAUCGUACAUUGAAGAUAAUAAUAAAGUUAAGUGGUGCCCCAGUGUGCCCCAUUGUGGAAAUGCGAUACGUGUGCUGGGUGAUAUUUACUGUGAGGUUGAGUGUACAUGUGGAAUGCAAUUCUGUUUCAACUGCUUAUCAGAAGCUCAUUCACCAUGUUCUUGUAUAAUGUGGGAGCAGUGGACAAAGAAGUGCCAUGAUGAAUCAGAAACUGUGAAUUGGAUCACAGUUAACACAAAACCUUGCCCUAAAUGCCACAAACUCGUUGAGAAGAAUGGUGGCUGCAACCUAGUUGCUUGUAUUUGUGGGCAAGCAUUUUGCUGGCUAUGUGGUGGUGCCACUGGACGUGAUCACACUUGGUCAACUAUUACGGGUCAUAGCUGUGGACGUUUCAAAGAAGACCAAACAAAACUGAUAGAAUGUGCAAGGCGUGACUUGUAUCGGUACAUGCACUAUCAUAACCGAUACAAGGCCCACACAGAUUCUCUUAAACAGGAAAGCAAUCUGAAGGAAACCAUUCAAGGCAAAAUAGUCAUCUCUGAGAAUAAGGAAUCCAGAAUUAAAGAUUACAGUUGGGUGAACAAUGGUUUGAACCGUCUCUUCAGAUCAAGGCGCGUUCUAUCGUAUUCUUAUCCGUUUGCUUUUUAUAUGUUUGGGGAUGAACUCUUUAAGGAUGAGAUGACUUCACAGGAGAGGGACUUGAAACAAAACCUGUUUGAGGACCAACAACAACAACUAGAAUCAAAUGUUGAAAAGCUCUCUAUGUUCUUAGAGAAGGACUUUCAAGAUUUUUCAGAUGAAGAUGUUAUGGAGAAUAUGAAGCAUGUCAUCAACCUGUCAUCUGUUAUUGAUAGACUAUGCAAGCAAAUGUAUCAAUGCAUAGAAAAUGAUUUGUUGUAUCCCCUACAGCGAGCAACUCACAAUAUUGCUCCUUACAAAUCAAAGGGCCCCGAGAAGGCUUCAGAACUCUCAGUCUGCUGGGUUUCUAACCAGGCACGUAGUACAAAGACAACUAAGAUGGAUGUACUUCCUAACCAUAUUUCUGCGGUUAAUGCAAGCGGAACCACUCUGUCCGCCAAGCGUACCAGACAGUUUCAGGCUGCCUCAAGCUCGGAUGAGAGCGGCUCCUCAAGGAAACUUAGCAAGAAUGAAUCGAUUGGAUCUGCACCUCUUUUUGAUCUAAAUAUGCCUGCAGAGGUGAUCGACAAGAGUUAACUUUCUUAGUAAAAGUCCCUCCCUCCCAUCCGUUUUAAAAUGUACAGCAUUAAUUAGGACUCUUCUUACUGAAAUGUUUUAACUUCUUUUUUCAAAUUUUUUUGGCUUCAAGGAUGAACAGAAGUUUCCUGUCGUGUAAUCAGAUAGGUAGAAUAAGUAAUGUUUAGUAACUAAUGUUGUCAAACCAACUAUAAAUGUAUAUGAAAGUGAAGGCCAUUGUGAUUUAACGACCUGAAGCUGAUGAAGCAGGUAUUUUGCUAA